AUGGAUUCCUUGAGCUCAUUACAGCCUGCUUCCUAUGUUGGUUUUGAUACUAUAACUAAUCAGAUCGAACAUCGUUUGUUGAAGAAAGGUUUCCAAUUCAAUAUAAUGGUAGUAGGUCAAUCCGGCUUGGGUAAAAGUACUUUGAUAAAUACAUUAUUUGCCUCUCAUUUGAUUGAUUCCGCUACUGGCAACGAUAUCUCCGCUUUACCUGUUUCAAAAACCACCGAAAUGAAAAUUUCUACUCACACUCUAAUAGAGGAUCGUGUUCGCUUGAAUAUUAACGUUAUAGAUACACCUGGAUUUGGUGACUUUAUCGACAACUCUAAGGCCUGGGAACCUAUCGUGAAAUACAUCAAAGAGCAACAUUCUCAAUACUUACGUAAAGAAUUGACAGCACAACGUGAAAGAUUUAUUGUUGAUACACGAGUCCAUGCUAUUCUUUAUUUCGUCCAACCGAAUGGAAAGGAGUUGAGUCGCCUUGAUGUUGAAGCUUUAAAAAGACUGACGGAAAUAGCAAAUGUGAUACCUGUUAUUGGUAAGUCGGAUACAUUAACUUUAGAUGAAAGGGCAGAGUUUAGAGAGCUUAUCCAAAAUGAGUUCGAAAAGUACAAUUUUAAGAUUUACCCUUAUGAUUCGGAAGAGCUUACUGAUGAAGAGUUGGAACUCAAUAGAAGUGUCAGAUCUAUAAUCCCCUUUGCUGUGGUUGGUUCUGAAAAUGAAAUUGAGAUAAAUGGUGAAACUUUUAGGGGAAGAAAAACUCGUUGGAGUGCUAUUAAUGUUGAAGACAUCAAUCAAUGUGAUUUUGUAUAUUUGAGAGAAUUUUUGAUCCGGACCCAUCUCCAGGAUUUAAUCGAAACAACCUCUUACAUUCACUACGAAGGAUUCAGAUCAAGACAAUUAAUAGCUUUGAAGGAAAAUGCGAAUAGUCGUUCCUCAGCCCACAUGUCUAGCAACGCCAUUCAACGUUGA